AUGCACACAAAGCCUUCGUCCCAUAUAUCAAACAGCUCUUACCUGAGCUUAGCUCGUUUAAAUCAUGUCGAACCUUCCUUAAAAAUUUAUCUCGGACUUAUCAGCGGGACGCCGGACUUUUACACCAAUCAGACGUUAGGGCUCUUCCUUGGGAUAUUUCACAGCCAUGCAGAGAUUUUCUCGUCAGGUGCCAAUGGCCUUAGGAGGCGUGGCCGUCAAACUUACACCAGGUACCAGACGUUGGAGUUGGAAAAAGAGUUCCACACGAACCAUUACUUGACCCGGCGGAGACGGAUCGAGAUGGCGCACGCGCUGUGUUUGACGGAGCGACAGAUAAAAAUCUGGUUCCAAAAUCGCAGGAUGAAACUGAAAAAAGAGAUCCAGGCGAUCAAAGAGCUCAACGAGCAGGAAAAGCAGGCGCAAGCGCAAAAGGCGGCCGCGGCGGCAGCUGCCGUUUCAGCGGUCGACCAAAAUUAG